AUGGCGAAUAAGGAGCUUCAAGAAGCCUACAAGGAUUUUUCAGUUGAUGUAAGCUUAAAAUCCCCUGGAGUUCCCCUAACUCAAUAUUUUUAGUUAGACAAAGUUGAUGCUUUGGGUCGAUUAUUAGAAGCAAUGGAGAAGGGCGAUUUGACCGAAGAAUUGUUGGAAAAAUGCCCAGAAAUCUUGGAGGCCAAGAAGAAAAAUGAUAAAUUGAAGUAUAGAAAGGAGAUUUUGGAGAAGGUAUGGGACAAGGGGGAUGAACUUCUGAUAAAUCGUGAAAUAUACCAAAUCGACCAUGCUGAUCAUGAUUCCGAUGUCAAAAAUUGCCAAAACCCCCGUGAGCACGUUUCUGAAGCUGCAAAGUUCAUUUUCAGCGUGUUCUGGGGUGAAAAAUCAAAUUUUCUAGCUUGGAUAAGAUUUUUCAGCACAUUCAAAAACCUCGUAACAUUUGAGAUCAUCAAAAAAAGAUUCUGAAAAUCGAUUUUCUCAGAGAAUCGCGGUUUUCAGACCGUAAUCCUCUGAAAAAAUCGAUUUUCAGAAUCUUUUUUGAUGAUCUCAAAUGUUACGAGGUUUUUGAAUGUGCUGAACAGCAUUAUCCAAGUUAGAAAAUUAGAUUUUUCACUCUGGAGCAUGCUGAAAAUGGCCUUUUCAGCUGCAGAAAUGUGAUCACUAGGGUUUUUGACAUCGGAAUCGUGGUCAGCAGUUGGUAUAUUUUACUAUCAUUUAUCGAAAGUCCGUUUUCAAGACCUAAAAUUAACGUGCCUGGAGGAUUUUCGGGAAUAUUUUAGCUAGAAAUGGGAGAAUUUUUGAACGUGGAAAUUUCACGCCCCGAAAAAAAUUUAAAAAUUUUCAGAGCGUUGCUCGCCAGACCGCUGAAAAUGCGAAAAAUGGAAAAACUCAACAACCAGCCGAGAAAAAGAAGAAGCAAGAAGGAGACAAGGGAAAAACGUGCGUGUAAAUUUUUUGAUUUUCAACAAAAAUAUGUGCUAAUAAAAAUCUGGUCUAAGUCGAGCUCUCAUGAAAAAUCUCUUCCAAAUAACAGUGAAAUUUUCAGUGGCGGAGCCGCUCCAAAACAAGCCAAAAAAUACGACUAUGUUCAAGUGGAGGAUUAUGGAAGCAGUAUUUUGGGAAGACUUCAGGAUUUGUUCAAAACCGCGAUUUCGCAAGCUUAUCCUAGAUUCGAUGUCCCGCUUUUGUUGGCCGAGACACCGAAUCCACAAUUUGGAGAUUAUCAAUGUAAUUCGGCGAUGCCGAUUGCAGCGGUGGGUUUUUCUUCGGGCGCUCUGUAAACCGCAAGCUUCCGCGCAGCGGCAACUGCGGAUUACUAUAUGUAAGAUUCCCGCGUGGCCGUUGCGCGGAAGCUUGCGGGUUACACUCGCGCAAAGCGCUCGAAUUACAAAACUCAACUCCUAAUAUGAGUUAUGACGUGGCAAAGUUUGAAAAAUCCUGGUUUGACAAGGCUAAAACUAACUUCAAAAAUGAUUUUCAUGAGAAUCUGAUAUCACAGAGAUGUUCAGAAGAUUAGAUUACAUGAGUACAGAAGGUUUUUCUGAAAUCCGAAAGAUUUUUAAGAAAAGUUGCAGAUUCUAAUGGGGGUCAAACCGGAAAAAAUUAAAUGAAAAACGUUUUUCGACAAAUUAUUUCGAUUCAGAAAAUUUCAAAAACUGUACAAUUUUCCUAUGGAUAAAAUUUCAGAAAAUAGGAAAAUGAUACAGUUUUUGUCGAAAAACGUUUUUCAAUCAAUUUUUUUCGAUUUGAAUCACCCCAUUAGAAUCUACAACUUUUUCCUAAAAAUCUUUCGGAUUUCAGAAAAACCUUCUGUAAUUAUCUAAUCUAAUCUUCUGAAUAUCUCUGUGCUAUCAGAUUUUCAUGAAAAUUAUUUUUUGAGUUAGUUAUAGCCUUGUAAAAUCAGGAAUUUUCAGACUUUGCCACGUCAUAACUCGUAUUAGCAAUUCGAGCGGAGCGAGUGUAAACCGCAAGCUUCCGCGUCAGCGGCACUGUCUUCCGCUUUAGCGGCCACGCGGAUUACUAUGGCCUGAAUAUCUGUAAGAUUCUCAAGUCAUAGUAAUCCGCGUGGCCUCUGCGCGGAAGCUUGCGGUCUACACUCGCGCAAAGCGCUCGAGAAUAUCCCCCAUUUUUUCCAGAAGCUCAAAUCCACCGGAGUCAACAAAAAGCCAGGAGACGUUGGUCAAGAAAUCUUCGCAAAACUCCCAAAAUCCAUCGAAUUCAUCGAUAAAAUCACAGUUAUGCCAGCUGGUUUCAUCAACAUCUUCUUAAAUCAAGAAUAUAUCAAAAAACAGAUCUCAAACCUGGCUGCAAAUGGAAUUCAAUUGCCAAAAAUUGCGAAGCGUCGAGUGCUGGUUGAUUUUUCAUCACCAAAUAUUGCCAAGGAAAUGCAUGUUGGACAUUUGAGAUCUACAAUUAUUGGAGAUUCGAUUUGUCGAUUAUUAGAAGCUGUUGGUUUUGAUGUGUUGAGAAUUAAUCAUAUUGGAGAUUGGGGAACUCAAUUUGGAAUGCUCAUUGCUCAUUUAUAUGACAGGUUUCCGGAUUUUGAGACAAAGAUGCCUGAUAUUUCGGAUUUGCAAGCGUUUUAUAAGGAGUCGAAGAAGCGAUUUGAUGAAGAUGAGGUUUUCAAAAAACGCGCCUAUGAAUGUGUUGUGAAAUUGCAAAGUCAUGAGAAGGAUAUUGUGAAGGCGUGGACGACGAUUUGUGAUGUUUCGAAGAAAUGUGAGGGUUUUUUGGGAAGGGGCUUAGGAUCAGGGGGAAUUUUUGUCCAUAGGUAUCUUGUGAGCCAAGUUCUGGGCUCCCAAAAAAUUCAAAAAAUCGGAAGUUAUCAUAACUCAACUCACAAUGGUUUUUGUGAAAAACUGAAUAUGACAAAAUGAUAACCUAAAUCUCAAUGGUUUGAAUUUUGAAGUGUUGGGUAGAGUUUUGCGAAAAUCAUUGAAAAUUUAUGAAAUGCUGAUAUACCUGCAUUUUGAAACAUAUUUUAUCCUGUAAUUUUUCAUGAAACAGUAAUUUUUUUUCAAAUUUUAUUGUUAAAUCUAGUUUUUCUCCAAGAAUCUGUGUUUUUUUUUCUAGAAAAGUUUCAAGUUUCUCUUUUAAUUUUAAUUGAAAAUCAAUAUCGUUUGGAAACGUAUUUUUUUCCAUUAUUUUUUUUUGAUACAAAUUUCUUGAAACAGUAAAAUUUUUUAAAAUUUUAAAUCUAGUUUGUUCCCGAAAAAAUCGUGUUUUUUUUUGGAAAAAGUUCAAAUUUCUCCUGAAAAUUGAGCCCUAAAAUAUAUUUUCAGAAUCCACGUGGCUGAAAAUUUUACGUUAUAAUUCGAAAUUUUUUUUUGAAAUUUUAAUAAUACUCUAUUUAAUCCUGAAAAUAUUAUAAGUUUAGGCCCAAAAAUCCACGUGGCAUAUUUUCACUUCAAAAUUUGAAUCUUGAAUUUUUCAGAAUUAAAAAAAUCGAAUUUUCAGAAUCCACGUGGCAUUUUGUUUUUCACCUAACAUUGAAAAUUGAAGCACAAAAAUUUCCCGAAAAUUCUACGUUUCAAAUUUUUCAUAAGAAUUUUAUAAUUUUUUUGAAAAUUUGAUUAAUCACUUCCAAAUUGAAAAUAUCAAAGUGGAUUGAAAUUUUGGAAAUCGAAAAUUAUUAGUAAUUCUGAGCACAGAAAUCCACGUGGCAUUUUUAUUUUAACUCGAAAAAAUGAAGCAGAAAAAUUUCCCGAAAAUUCACUGUUUCAAAUUAAUUAUGAGAAUUUUGGAAUUUUUUCGAAAAUUUGAUAUGCAAUCCUCUAGAAUUUGAAAAUAUCUUGAUUUUGUGCCCAAAAAUCCACGUGGCAUUCUUAUUUUAACUCAAAAAAUUGAAGGUGAAAAAUUCCCGAAAAUUCACUGUUUCAAAUUUAUCAUAAGAAUUUUGGAAUUUUUUGAAAAUUUGAUUAAUCACUUCCAAACAGAAAAUAUUAAAGUGGAUUGAAAUUUUGGAAAUCGAAAAUUAUUAGUAAUUCUGAGCACAGAAAUCAACGUGGCAUUUUUAUUUUCACCUAACAUUAAAAAUUGAAGCAGAACAAUUUCCCGAAAAUUCUACGUUUCAAAAUUUUCAUUAGAAUUUUGGAAUUUUUCGAAAAUUUGAUUAAUCACUUCCAAAUUGAAAAUAUUAAAGUGGAUUGAAAUUUUGAAAUUGAAAAUUAUUAGCAAUUCUGAGCACAGAAAUCCACGUGGCAUUCUUAAUUUAACUCAAAAAAUUGAAGCUGAAAAAUUCGCAAAAAUUCACUGUUUCAAAUUUAUGAUAAGAAUUUUGGAAUUUUCUUAAAAUUUGAUUCAGUACGCUUGAGUUUUUUGAAAAAAAUUGUUCGAAAUUAGCUUAUUUUAUUGAAAUUUUAUAUAAAACCGAUUGAAAUUCCCCAGAAAAAAUUACACAAAAAAUCCACUUGGAAUUUUCCUUUUUCAUCCAAUUUUUGAAAUUUCACACAAAUAAAAAAUUCACUGUUUCAAAAUUUUGAUUUAAUUUUUAUGACUUUCUUGGAAUCUGAUACCAUCUACCUCCAUCUACCAGAAAAACAUCUGAACCGAAAUUCACUUCAAAAAUAGAUGUCAUUCGAUUUUUGAGGCUUUCCUGGUUAAAAAUUGAAUCCUAUAAGCUCUAUAGUCAUUUUUGAGUUAAAGAAAGUCGGAUAUUUUUUCAGAUAAUCAAAUCGUCUACAAUCAAUUGGAUAUCAAAAUCAAAGAUGUUGGAGAAUCCUUCUAUCAAGAUAAAAUGAUUGAUUUAGUAAAAUGGAUCAAAGAAAACAAACCAGGACAAUUGCAAGAAGAUGAAGGAAGGCAAAUCAUGUUCCCAAGUGAAUGUGAAGUUCCGCUAACUGUUGUUAAAUCUGAUGGAGGAUUCACAUACGAUACUUCAGAUUUGGCUGCACUCAAAUAUCGUAUCUUUGAAGAGAAAUGCGAUUGGGCUAUUUAUGUUGUUGAUGCUGGACAAAGUUUGCAUUUGGAGGUAAUUUUGAGCUGAUUUUCAUCAAAAUUGUGAUUUUUAGAGGCCAAACAAGCCUAGGCUCGAAAAAUUCUCGAUUUUUAGAAGCUUCAAAACCUUAGAUUCAAUUUUUGGGGAUUUUUUGAGUCUAAAUAAGUGCUGGCCUGAAAAUUCUAGAUUUUUGAGCCUAAAUAAACCUAGACCCAAUUUUUGAGGAUUUUUUGAGUCCAAAUAGGUCCAGGCCCAAAAAUUCUGGAUAUUUCAAGCCUAAAUAAGCCUAGGCCCAGAAAUUCUAGAUUUUUAGGGGCUAUAUAAACCUAGACCCAAUUUUUGGGGAUUUUUCGAGCCCAAAUGAGCCUAGUCCUGAAAAUUUUAGAUAUUUCAAGCCCAAAUGAGUUUAGGCCCAAAAAUUCUGGAUUUUUCAGCCCCUAAAAGCCUAAAGACGAAAGAUCUAGAUAUUUUGAGCCUAAUUAAAGGGCUGAAAAUUUACAGUUUUUCUAAAAAUUAUCUAAUCUGAGCAAUGCAAAAUUCAAUAAUUUCUAAUAUGAGCAAUGCGAGGUUAAUUUUCACAGAAUUUGACUCAAAAACAUGAAAAAUUCCUUUUUUUUAUUGAAAUAAAUUAAUCUGAGCAAUGCAAAAUUCAAAAAUUUCUAAUAUGAGCAAUGCUGGGUCAAUCCUUGUAAAGUUCUUCAAAACAUGCUAUUCUUCACAAAAUUCGGCUCAAAAACAUCAAGAAAUUUGAUUCUUGCUAAUCUGAGCAAUUCAGAAAUGUAUUUUCAGACAGUUUUCGCUGCUGGCCGUGAUUUUGGAUGGUAUGAUGAAUCAGUGAAAAGAAUCGAACACGUCGCAUUCGGUUUAGUCCUCGGAGAAGAUCGUAAAAAGUUCAAAACCCGAAGUGGCGAAACAGUUCGAUUAUUAGAUUUAUUAUCCGAAGGUGUUAAAAGAGCCAGUGAGAAAUUGAAGGAGAAAGGAAGAGAUCAAGUUAUGACAGAAGAGGAAUUGAAUGAAGCCAGAGAUGCGGUGGCAUUUGGAUGUGUGAAAUAUGCGGAUUUGUCGCAUACCAGAACUCAGGAUUAUGUAUUCUCGUUUGACAGGAUGUUAGAUGAUCGAGGAAAUACUGCGGUUUAUUUGCUAUAUGCUUACGCGAGAAUUCGAUCGAUUGUUAGAACUUCGGGAAUUCAGCAAGAACAAAUUGCGGAAUAUAUUCGAAAUACACCGAUUUUACCAUUAAAUCAUCAGGCGGAAAUGAAAUUGUCGAAACAUUUGUUGAAAUUGGCGGAUUGUGUGUUGCAAGUUGUUGAUUCGUUGAUGCUUCAUCAAGUGAGUUUCUGGAUUUUUUUCCCAAAAAUUUUGGGAUUUUUUGAGCCUAAAAACAAAAAUUCUGGCUUUUUGAGCCCCAGGCUACAAAAUUCUGGGUUUUUGAGCCUAAAAACAAAAAUUCUGGAUUUUUUGAGCCUAAAUAAGCCUAGGCUAGAAAAUUUUGGAUAUUUUGGGCCUAAAAACAAAAAUUCUGGCUUUUUGAGCCUGAAUAGGGCUAGGCCCGAACAUUUGGGAUUUUUUGAGCCUGAAUAGGGCUAGGCAUGAAAAUUUGUGAUUUUUGGAGCCUAAACAAGCCUAGGCCCAAAGAUUCUGGAUUUUCAGCCUAAUCUGAGCAAUGCUCGGUCAAUUUUCACAGAAAUUAGCUCAAAAACAUUUUUUUAAAUCAUUUUUUGUUGAAAUCAAUUAAUAUGAGCAAUUCUUUAUAAUCUGAGCAAUGCAAAAUUCGAAAAUCACUAAUAUGAGCAAUGCUAGGUCAAUGUUCACAAAAUUCGGUUUUAAAACAUGAAAAAUCUCAUUUUUCUGAAAUUAAUUAAUCUGAGCAAUUCCAGACUGCCUAAAAGUUGAUUUGAGCAAUCCUAAAGAUCCUAUUUUCAAUGCGAACUAUAGAAAUCCCUUAAUAUGAGCAAUGAUAUUAAAUUUUUGGGUUUCCAAGCUAAACAUGAGCAAUGCUCUAAAAAUAACGAAUUUUCCCAUAUUUUUUUCAAUUUUAACCUGAAAACACUGUAAAAAUCUGAAAUUUUUAGAAGAAAAGUUGAAAUUUUUUUGAAACAGUGAAAACUUUUCUCUAAAAAAAGAGCAUUUUCCACGUGGCCAUUUAAAUGGGUUACUGUAAACUACAAAAUUUCAGAAUAAAUUUACAGUAAUCCUGUUUAUUUCGAUUUUUAGCGCUAAAAACUGUGCCACGUGGAUUUGAGUGGAUUACUGUAGAAAAUAAUCUAAUAAAGUAAAAAAAUCAAAUUUUUUGUGAAGAAUUAGGUUCGAGACAAAUUUACUGUUUCAAAUUUUCACUAAAAUUUUAUAUUCUGAUAACAUUUUUUUCAGAUGUGCGACUAUGUCUAUCAAUUAGCCACCCUCUUCCACGACUUUUACAACGAAUGUUAUGUGAUCGAGAAAAAAGAGGGAGAAGCUCCAAUUGUGCAUUUCCAUCGUUUGGCACUUUGUGAAGUUACCGCAAAUGUCAUCUCGACUUGUUUCAAGAUUUUGGGAAUUCGUGAAGUUCCGAAGAUGUAA